UUGUAAAAAAUGGUAAUUUUGUAUCUGAUUUUUCUUUUUCUGUCCAAAAUCAUCUGUAUUUUUAUACUUGUAACGAUAAUGGAAGUGAAAAACAUUUCAAAUGCUUUUUAAAUUCUACGGAUUCGAAUAAAACUAGGGAAUUCUGCCAAGUAGAAUAUAGUCAGGAAAGAAAAUCUGAUUCGACAAAAGAGAAAGAUUAUUGCGAACACGAUGGAAGCGUCGUGAGUUGUAAUUCCAUGAUUGAUGGCAUUUUGUACAAGGAAAAUGGAACUGUUUUACUUUAUCCGAAAAUAAACACCUUUGUCUAUAAUAGACCGAUUACAAGAACUUCUUACGAUUUAAAUUCUGAAUACGAUCCAAAGAAACCUGAAAUUAUUUACUUUGGAAUAACACGAAAACGAGCAGAUCAAAUUAAUUAUUCUUCAUAUCGUGAUGAAUCUGAGUACAAAUCAAUUGAAUACACGGUUCAUUAUCCUGAUGAAUCUACAGUUUUUUAUGGUCUUCGGGGGAAAAAUAACUCGUAUUAUUUUUCUUCAAAACAAAAAGGUUUCUUCAUUAAACCAGCUUCUGGAAUAAUACAAUUAGAUUCGAAACCAUGGGUUCUGCAUCCAUUUAUUUAUCAUAAUGAAACUUCAGGAUUCAGUACUUUUAACAUGGCAAUAUCAACAAACGAUGGAGUAGUGGAGGAUUCUCAAGAUGUUUAUAUCAAUUCGUCAAUAACAAAUUUUACUCCAUUAAUUAGUAGCGAAUACUAUGUGAAUGAAAUAUUAAAAGUUCGUCGAGACGAGAAAACAGGAGAUUUAUUUGCCUAUUUUCUGGCAACUCCGACAAAAAAUGUUUCCAGAAGUGAAUCGUCUUCAAUGGAGUCUGUCAUUUGUCUUACUUGUCCUGAGGAAAACAGCGAUGGUGGUUUAAAAAAUAGUGAAAUUCAUCCUCAAUGUCUUUGGGCCGACGUAAAAAUGUCUUCCCUUGGUGAUUAUUAUAUUCUCAAUUGCAAGGGACCAGAUGUACCAUGGACAAUAAUAGUGAACACGGAAACAAAUUUCGUUUUACUAAAUUUAAACGAAAAUGAAGAAGUUCGAAAUUGGGAUUCUUUGACAAAAACACCAAGAGUUCAUGAAUUUGAAUUAAAUCUUGAAGAUGGUUUCAUUGGACGAGUGAGAAUUUAUUCACCACUAGAUUGGCAUCCAUCAAUUAAAAAUUGUCCGAAGAAAUAUAAACUUCUUCUACACGUGGACGGAACACCAGAAGGACAAAUUGUUACCUCUAAAUAUCAAAUAUCCUGGCUUUGGGAAUUAAUAUUAAACAAAAAUUUUAUAGUUGUUGAGGCAGAUGUAAGUGGAAGUGGUUAUAAAAAUUUGGAAACUUCGAAUUCAAUUUGGAGGGAAAUAGGCACCUUAGAAAUUGAGGAUCAAAUUUUUGUGAUAAAUCAUAUUUUGGAAAAGUUUAAUUGCAUUGAUCCAGAUCAGAUUGCGGUUUAUGGAGAGGUUUUCGGUGGAUACACUGCACUUAAUAUAAUGGCCAUGGAUGGAAAUAAUUUAUUUAAAUGCUGUGCAGCGGUUUCGCCUAUCACUACUUGGCAACAUUAUUCUCACGAUUUUGCAAUUAAGAUGUUUGGUGGCAAAUAUAAUAAUAUCACAAAAAGCAGUUACGAAAAAGCCAACUUGUCAUCGAGAAUUUCUGGUCUAAGGGAUAAGAACUUUAUUAUUUACAGUGCAACAAUGGAUCAAGAAAUUCUCAAAUAUCACGUGCAUAACUUUCUAAUUGCUUUAGCUGACAAUGGAAUUCUAUUUAAACAUCAUCAGUAUAUUGAUGAGGGACAUUAUAUUUCUAAUUAUCGUCUCCAUUUGUAUAAACAUAUUGAUAAAUACUUUGAAAAUUGUUUCGCAAAGAAAAAUUAAUUUCUCUGCGAAGAAAAGUUACUUUUCUAAAUUCAAAAACGAAGAUUCGUAUUUGUCGAAAAGAAAUUACUAAAAUAAAUUCCAAACAGUUUUAAAUUAUAUGUAUUCGUCAAGAGGAAUUUCGUUUCGAUUUAUUGUUAAAGAGGUGUCCAGGAGUUUAAUUAACAUAUUCAGCGUAUUGAAGACAAAAAAUAAGAACGGUCACCCGCUUUUGUCAUCCCUGGUGGGGAUCGAACCCACGACCUUUGGAUUAGAAGUCCAACGCGCUAUCCUCUGCGCCACAGGGACUUGGUGAUGUCUCAUCGCAUUGAGCGCAUCAUCAAUUUUGCUUAUCCUCAAACCAGGAAACAAGAAAUUCAAGUAUAUCCUACGAUUCACAUAGAGAAACAUCGACUUCGCUUACAAUUGUGCCAGAAGAAUGUUCCAAUGAGAGUUUAUAUAAAAA